AUGCAUCCCGCCUCGGGGCGUCCUGGGCGCGGUGCACCCUCAGUGAGGCAGUCCACACACACUGCGCAUCCAGGACCCAAAAUACAAAUCACAGGCUCAAAGAGGCCCACAGGAUCCCAACUCCAGAAGCCAGGUGAACAAGUGCCCCCGAGCAAAUCGGAGAAGGAGGCUAUUCUAAAGCGUGCGGAGGGCCGGACCAGAGUCCCAUCCAGAUUCAGGGACGGCUUCAAGCAUUUUUUCUUCUCACCCACCGGAGCGUUGAAGGUCUUGAGGAUGGGUCUUCUCAUAGGAUCAUUAGUUUGUUUCAUCAUCGCUGAAGCCCAUGAGUCAUACAUAACAAUCACAGUUCUGGAAACUGGCAUUGUUCUUUUUUUUAUUCUAAUAUAUAUGUUAACCCUUCACCACUUGAUGACUUGUAUACAUUGGCCCUUACUUGAUCUUAUCAACAGUUGCAUUACAACUGUGUUCCUUUUAAUAGUUGCCUUCUUAACAAUGAGAGAAAAGGAAAGAAGGCAUUUAUUCUAUGUUGGAGGGUCCCUGUGUCUCACCGCGGCAAUUGUGUGUAUGGUCGAUGCAAGUCUGGUCACCAAGAUGAUGAGGAAUAACAUGAAAAGAGUCCUGGGAAUUCAAGUUGAAACCAGUCCCUACCCAGCCUCUGCAAAACCAGACCAGAAACCCAAUCCAGAAUACGAGAAUGAGCUCAUCCCUGCAUCCUCUCCGGCAUCCACAGUGGCACCUUCGCGGACAUCCUCGAGGGCACCAUCACGAACAAUCUCAAGGGCAAAAGCGGCUGCUCCUCCUUCCCACCCCUCCCACCACUGA